UUUGGUGUUUGUUUUAAUAGGACGAUUGAGAUAUCAUUGGUAGUAAUAUUAAGUGCGCUUUGGUUGCAGAAUUUCUUGGCGUUAUGCUCAAGCGAUUAUUAUGAUGGGACCAUAUUUCAUAGAAAUAUAAAGGGUUUCAUUAUCCAAGGUGGUGAUCCAACAGGUACAGGAAAAGGUGGAACAAGUAUUUGGGGUAAAAAGUUCAAUGACGAGAUAAGGGAGUCUCUCAAGCAUAAUGCAAGAGGGAUGUUGUAAAUAGCCAACAGUGGCCCUAAUACCAAUGGGAGCCAGUUUUUCAUUACUUAUGCCAAGCAACCACAUCUCAAUGGAUCGUACACCAUCUUCGGGAAAGUAAUACAUGGAUUUGAGGUUCUUGAUCUCAUGGAAAAGACUCCAACAGGACCAGGUGAUAAGCCGCUAGCUGAGAUCAGGCUCAACCUGACGAUACAUGCUAAUCCACUUGCUGGCUGAUGUUAUUCUGAAUGCUAAGGCAGUACGUGUAAUCUCAUUGUUCGCCUUGUUGAUUAUGGUGAAUACUUUGGGUUAUUGCUAUGGUCAACCUUCAUCGCUGACAAAUUUACUGGUAGAUAGAGAGUAGUUAAUACAGGAUGAUAAUAGUAAUGAAACUUCCAAUUCUUGAACUGGAUUAGUUACGGAACUGUUAGUUUUCGGGAAACACAAUCUUGAUAUCUCUAAAUAGCAAAUAUGGAACUUACUCCUUGAAAUGGUUCACUAGAUUUACAUGUUUAUUUUUUAUCAGCCUAAUGUAUCCCAAGUUUAUCAUGUAUGAAGAGUGAAAAUCUAGUCGGACUGAGUGUUGAACUAUGAAAAUAUUUAGAUUUAUAUAAUGUAAAUCCGGAGUUGUUAAAAGGGGUUAUACUUUUGAAUAUUUUGUACUUUUGUUA